AUGGAAAAUUACAAGACCUUUGUUGGUGGAAGAAUUGGGUUGAUUUUGUUCACUUUGGGGAUGUUCCUUGUGUUUCAAAAUGCUCAUGCUUUCAAUAAAACAGCGCCCACACACAAUGUAAAUCUAAGCCCAUUCGAGGGUUGGAUGAGUGCUUUCUAUUGCAUGAACCAAACAGUACCUGUUCCUUGCUCGCCAAAGGGGCAGCUGACAUUCAGUGGAAUAGUGGACGUGGCCCCAAGUGAGAAGGGAGACUAUUGCAGUGACAAAACAGGGUGCUCAAAACACGCCUUGGGUGUGCUUGAAUGCAUCUACUUGGUCAAAAGAGACUUCUGGUUUCAUAACAAUGCCACUGUAGAUGUCCUCAAUCGAACCAUCAUUGACGGAUGUGCCAAUAAAGAUAAUAAUUCAGGUAUUUCAACAGUGAAUUACACGAGCAGUGGGAUGAAGAUGUACAUACCAUAUGUUGCAUCACUGUCAAGCUUGGCCUUCAUAGCCGUGUCCAACAUCAUGUGA